ACACAUUUUUCCGUUGAGGCGCAGACCUGGCGGAAUUCCAAAUAUUCGCCUCCGGUUCUGAAACUGCACGAACAAACCGCCCACGUAGGCACAGUAUCGCAGGCUGGUACUUUUCACUGGGGCGAUUCAAAGCCAAAGACGAAGUUCUGGAAAAGAGGGACUCAACAGAACAGACAUGGCAGAGCUAACUCAUAUGAUAGACAGUGAGGUGUUCCUGGCCUUCUCUACCUAUGCCACUAUCAUCGUCCUCAAGAUGAUGCUGAUGUCUCCCAUGACUGGAUACUUCAGACUCACCAGAAAGGCAUUUGCUAACCAGGAGGACACCAGUCUGACCUCCUCUACAGAGGACAAGAAGAAGAUGGUCAGGGUGGAUCCUGAUGUGGAGAGAGUACGAAGAUGCCACCAGAACGACCUGGAGAACAUCAUUCCGUUCGUAGUGAUUGGCCUGCUGUAUACCCUGACGGGGCCAGACCUCUCCACUGCUCUGCUCCACUUCCGGGUGUUUGUUGGUUCCAGGCUCUGCCACACCGUGGCCUACGUCCUCCCCCUGCCCCAGCCCAGCAGAGCUCUGGCCUUCCUCACCGGUCUGGUCACCACCAGCUCUAUGGCCUAUAGGGUUCUGAUUACAGCACUUUAUCUGUAGAGGACAGGACACAACACACACACACACACACACACACACACACACACACACACACACACACACACACACACACACACACACA